AUGCGCGCCAGUGCCACCCAAAAAGCAUACGACGAGGCUUUUCUAGCCUGCUCGACUGCAGUAUACUUUGAGAGCCAGAACAACGAGCCCGAAGCGCUGCGGUCCUGGAAGUCGGCCCUUGAUCACAUCAAUUACCAUAAUGCUCGUCGCAACCCCUCUACCUACCGCCCUGCGACCGAAACCGAGAGGGCGCUCAUCGAAUCGUUACGUCAGUUGGAACUGCAGUGCAAGGAGCGCGUCGAUCUGCUGGAAGCCUUGAAAAAGAGCCGCGAAGAUUCGAAAGAAAGCCUUGGCUCAGGGUCGUCUGAGACAAAUGCGCAUGCGACAUCAUCUCACCAAGGGGCCCAGUCACCAAACGGGGCGAACCCGUCUUCGUCAUGGCUUGGUGGUGGAUCGUUACCGCCCAUAGAAUACACCGAUCUCUCAAGGCCACCGCCACUACCAUACCGCCCCGCGCUUCCACCUCGCAAAAGCUCAGGCAAUGCGUCGUCACGAGACAACAGCCUGUCGCAGGUCCGGAGCGCAUCGACGCUGUCUCCAGGACCUGCAGACGACGAAAAGACGCGCACACCGUCGCCAGAAAAAGGGAGUAGAUUACUACGGACAUUGAGACCUGGAAGGGAAGGCAAGAAAUCAUCGUCCAAGAUGCCCAACUCUUUGAGGACCCGCCCCGAUGCCUCGAAAGCAGCUACUCAAGCGUGGACUGUCAAGACCACAAGAUCGUCUGCUCGUCCGGCUCUGGGCCCGUCAAAUCCAUCGGCAUCUUCGAUAGUUGCCUCGUCACGCUCGUCGAUGGACAAGGCGGCUGCUGAGAGGUCAAGUGCAUCUUCGGGUUCGGAAUCGCAACUGCCACCUGCACAAGCGCCAUUCUAUUUCCGAGCUGGUGAAGGCUCUGCGUCUACUGCGUAUGCCGUCUCGGGCGCUAGUGGUAAUAAUGAUACCCAGCCCGUUAGGACUUCAGCGUCUGAACGAACAGGAUCGUCAAUUCCUCGAAAAUCAGUCGAUCCGGGUCGGUUCGCGGGCCUGUCGUUGGGUGGCACAGCGUUGCCUUCGUACCGAAAAGAAUAUCCCAAGGCUACCCCUGAUCCACGCAACCUCGCGGCAUCAGCAGCAGCAUACUCAUAUGGCGACAGUGGUGGUGAGAGAAGUGAAAGAGGAGGGGUCAUGUGGGACCCAACGACACGGCGGCUGGUACCGAAAUCCACGAGUAGUAAUACGCGUACACGAACCGAUUCAGAGCAAGACGAGGUACCUGAGACUAUAGCGCUCGAGGAGGACGGGGACAUGGUGAAGAAAAGACCGUCGCCUGUACGAAAAGGCAGAGGCAGAGGAAAUUCCAUGCGCGCAGAUUUGCCCGAUACCCCAAGCACAGACAGUGCAGAGGCCGAAUCAGAACCCGAAGAAACAGAUGAGUGGAAGCGACGAGCAGACGAGAUUCUGAGGAACCUGCCGCGGGGUGUCGACAAACAAGCAGCACAGCAGAUUUUGAACGAAAUCGUGAUACAAGGAGAUGAAGUGCACUGGGAUGAUGUAUCGGGGCUAGAUGUGGCCAAGUCGGCGUUGAAAGAAACGGUCGUUUACCCAUUUUUGAGACCAGAUCUAUUCAUGGGUCUGCGGGAACCAGCGCGCGGUAUGCUUCUCUUCGGGCCCCCGGGAACAGGAAAGACAAUGUUGGCAAGAGCUGUUGCAACAGAGUCAAAGUCCACCUUUUUCGCCAUCUCUGCGAGCAGUCUUACGUCCAAGUUUCUGGGCGAAUCCGAGAAACUAGUUCGUGCGCUAUUCCAGCUAGCUAAAAUGCUUGCCCCAUCGAUCAUCUUUGUUGACGAGAUCGAUUCGCUUCUUUCGUCUCGCUCCGGCUCGAGUGAACACGAGGCAACGCGACGCAUAAAAACCGAGUUUCUCAUCCAGUGGUCUGAUCUGCAAAAGGCAGCCGCUGGAAGUGCACUCACUGAAAAGGAGAAGGAGAAGGGGGAUGCUAGCAGAGUGCUUGUGCUCGCCGCAACCAAUCUUCCAUGGGCCAUUGACGAGGCAGCGAGACGAAGGUUUGUGCGAAGACAAUAUAUUCCGCUCCCUGAGGGCUCGGUUAGGAAGCAGCAGAUCCAGACGCUAUUGAGUCACCAGAAACAUGAGCUUAGUGAUCAAGAUCUGGAUCGUUUGGUCGAGCUCACUGAAGGUUUCUCAGGGUCUGACAUAACAGCUCUUGCCAAAGACGCAGCCAUGGGUCCACUGCGCUCGCUCGGAGAAAAGCUCCUUUCCAUGACCAUGGACCAAAUACGGCCCAUACAGUAUCGGGAUUUUGAGGCUAGUCUGCAGACUAUCCGGCCGUCUGUCAGCAAGCAGGGGCUGAAAGAGUAUGAAGACUGGGCUACGCAGUUUGGUGAGCGCGGAGGUUAG